CUUCAUCAUUUCUUUAAUUUCUAAUGCAGCAUACGAAUCUUUCGACUGUUAGCACUUACUGUUGACUCAACAAAUAGUCUCGAUUAGGCAUGGCCUUCUGCUAAGCUUUCGUAGUUGAGCUUAUGUGAACUGGAUCAUUGUUUCAAUCAUGACGCUGGAUUCCAGUUAAUAUCGUGGUUUCUAUGUUCUAUUGGUUCUUGUUCUAGGCACGGUAGAUAUUUCGGAUCUGGGAUGCCGAGUCGAAACAUAUAUAGAUACGCGGUUGACAGUCUCAAUGAAGACGUCUCAAGCACCAAGCAACUCACAGCUGCCCUCACUCUUCACUCUUCACUCACUUUUGGCACUCCAUACAAAUCACAAUGAAGUUCAUCAACGCCCUUCUUCUUACAGCCUCGCUCACGCAGGCCCAUCCUAAGCCUCACAAGUCUGAUCGGGCAUUAUACUUCCUCGACAGCGACCCCCAGGGAGCUUCUGUUGUCUCAUUCAACAUUGCCAAGGAUGGCUCCCUGGGUCGGCCACAGAGAACUUCCACUAGUGGAAAGGGUCUUAUUGGUAACAACAUGAAUGGCCCUGUGCAGAUGGAUCCCCUCUUCUCUCAAGGCUCUAUCGUUGUGAGCGGAAACCGCCUGUUUACAGUAAACGCUGGCUCCAACACUCUGGCCGCUUUCCAUAUCCCCAAGGAAAAUCCAGCGCACCCUGUUCUCCUUGGAGAGCCCGUCGGUACUGUAGGCACGGUACCUAACACCGUAGCCUACUCGCCCAAGAACAAGCUCGCCUGCGUUGCCAAUACCGGUACCAAGCCAGGAGUUCAGUGCUUCACUGUCUCUAGCUGCGAUGGUCUCAAACCCCAGGGCAACCUCAAGCCUCUGCCCGUCUUCAAUCAGACUUCUCCUCCAACAGGACCUCCCAACACUGUUUCCAACAUUCUCUUCAACCCUUCUGAGACGGCUCUUUUUGUCACAAUCAAGGGCAACGGCAUGGAGAGCGGCUUCGUUUAUGCUUACAAGGUCGAGAACGGUCGUGUGAGUGAGGAAGCCGUCAAGUCACAACCUAAGAACCUGCCAGUUGCUUUCGGAAUGGGCUUUAUUUCGAAGCACUCUGCCGUUAUUUCCACGCCUGCUUAUGGUGCAGCAUUCGUGUCCAUCGCUGAGGAUCUCACUGUGUCCAUCAAGACCAAUAUUACCGUUCCAAAGCAGAUAGCAACUUGCUGGACCGCUACUUCAGCCGAUUCUGGCUCUGUCUAUCUCCUCGAUGUCGCCGUUCCCGACGUUGCUACUCUCAACGCCGAGACUAUGACCAUCGGACGGACUCUCCCUGGAUAUGCUGCUGGCAAGGGCAACUUCGAUGCCAUCAUUAGUGGCUCCAAGCUCUAUGCUCUGCAGGCUGCUCCAGCGAUUGCUGUAUUUGACCUCAAGCAUAGUUCUUAUGGCCCAAAAGUGAUCGACUUGAGCGGACUUGGAAAUCGUGCUUCUUGGACUGGAAUGGCUUUCUACUGAUACAGCCUUGUUUCAUAAGACCCCGAUGAGAAUAGAACCCCCUCAGCAAAGGUAUUUGAGUUACUUCGAAUAUGACCUGUUAUAGUUGUUUUUCACCUGCAUUUACUUCGCUUCUUUCUUCUUAUCAGACAAGAGUAAGGGAGCUAGCUCAAAUCGGGUUGGAUCCUUGAAUUUCGUAUUGAUAAGCAUUUCGCAACAAAAUACAG